AGUUAAUUUUCUGUCUAUAAAUUAAUGGGCACUUUCCAACUCAAUCAUAAGUGAAAUAGAGCCACGAGAUCUCUUUCUACACUCAUUUUAAUAUAUAUAGAAUCUGAGUUAAGAUGGGAGUGGAAGGGGACAGAAAGAGGUUUGCAUUGCUACAAGCUGCAAGGGAUUCAGAGUAUGUGAAGAAGAUUUACGGAGGGUACUUCAAUUUGUUUGUGGAAGCCUUUGGAGACGAAGGGGAGACGUGGGAUGUGUUUAUGGUGGUUGAUGGUGAAUUCCCACUUUUAACUGAUCUUAACAAUUAUGAUGGCUUUGUGGUUAGUGGUAGCCCCUAUGAUGCUCAUGGCGAUGACUGUUGGAUUCGUGAGCUCUGCGUUAUCCUGCAAGCCAUUGAUUCCCUCCAGAAGAAGGUUCUUGGAAUUUGCUUUGGCCACCAGGUGUUAUGUAGAGCAUUGGGAGGAAAAGUUGGAAAGUCGAAUAGUGGCUGGGAUAUUGGGCUUAGAAAUGUGAAAUUUAAUGUGAAGAACAUCGUCAACACCUCCUCGUGCAGCUUCCUUAAUGAUUUUGAUGCUAAUGACUUCCCGCAACUUCUUUAUAUCAUUGAAUGCCAUCAGGACGAGGUGUGGGAGGUGCCGUUGGGAGCAAAAGUGAUUGCAUACUCUGAGAAAACAGGAGUGGAAAUGUUUUGCUACGGGGAUCACAUAUUAGGCAUACAAGGUCAUCCAGAAUACCCCCUUGAUAUAAUUCAUAAUCUCAUCGACCGUCUUCUCUGUAAUGGCUCCAUACAGGAAGAUUUGGCAGAAAAUGCCAGGCUCCAGUUGCAGAAAAGGGAACCAGAUCGGAAGUGUUGGGAAAGAAUAUGCAAAGGUUUCCUAAAAGCUAAAAUUUCAACAAAGAGUGUCGACAAAAACCCUAGUGACCAAUACAAUGGUUGCCUCAAGGCGGACAAUUUGACAGAGAACGUCGAUAAGAACCUCAAUAAUCUAUGCAGCAGCUUCCUCAAGGAAGAGAUUCUGAAAGAACAUGUCGAGAACAACCUAAACGACCUAUGCAAAGGUUUGCUCAAGGCUGAGAUUUUAACAGAGAACGUCCACAGCAGUCUCAAUGAUCUUUGCAAAGAUUUUCACAAGGCUGAGAUUUUGGCAGAGAGUGUCAAUAACUAAGGAUCUUAUUGAUUAAUUAGUUAACUU